AACCGGUUGGCAAUUGGCGUGUUUGGGGCAGCCGACGAGACGAUGGGCAUCGUGCGCUGCGUCUUCUGCCAGAAGGACAAGCGGAUCCCGGGGGUCGGGGACCCCGACGUCCGAGACAUGCGCUUCUGCUGCCAGCCCUCGUGCUUCAAGGCCUACCACAGCCGCGGCAACUUUGUGGACCUCCGCCACCGCGAACUCGUCGCGCCGCACGUGAUCUUGGCCGACAUUGCCAAGCAGCGCCGAGAAGCCUUGGGCAUCGAAGAGCCGCGUGCGCCAGCGACCGCGCCCACCACGGCGCCGCCGGUGGUGACUGCCCCGGCGACGACCUACGUGCCCAUCGCGCCCGAGCCACAAUAUGCUGUCGAUGCGUCUGGCCGUGUCAUUGGGCGAAAGCGCCAAGGCGUCGACGAGCCACUCAUGAGGUCGGGCGGCCCAACGUACCAGUCGCGCCACUUGUCCCCGGCGGUUGCCGACCGCGCAAACUUUGCCAAGCGCGACGGCCCGCCGAACGACGCCCCGCCGCCGCUCUGGAAGCAGGCGACGUACGUGGCGUCGUUGGACCGGUUCCGACGCAGCCUUGUGACUGACGACGAGCAUGUGUUGCGCGUCGACUUGACGCCCGUCUACUCGGGCGUGCCCCAUGCCCGCUUGGAGGACGCCGAAAUGGACUGUCUCCUGCGCUGUCUCGAAGGAACGUCGUCGCUCACGGUCCUCAAGGGUCUCGUGUCAAGCCUCAACAUUGAGCUCUGGACCGUCAUCAACUUCCUCGACAGCUGCUCACCCAACGCCCACUGGUCGUUUGCGCACUUUAAGAUCUACAAGUCGACGGAGCUCCCGCCGAGAGGCUCGACGUCCCCGCUGUACUACGCCGGCAAUAUCCAGCUCUCAAUCGCCGAGUUCCGCAAGUACAUCGUUGCGACGCAGCGCGCGCCGGCGUCCAUGGUCCACGUCGUCGACGUCAACAACAAGUCGUGGUCGAUCGGCCUCCACGAAGUGCUCGCGCUCGGCGGCCUCAACCUCGAUCUCUACUGCGGCGAGAUGGCGAUGGACUUGAGCCGGCAGUUUGCGUGGUCCAACAUCCUGCCGGGCGGCGCCGACUGCUGGCUGCAGAACCUCCCGGCGCCGUACCGCCACGAGCGCUUUGCACCGCGUAUGCAUUGCAGCUUUGCGGGCCACCGGUCCGAGCUCCUCCAGGCUGGCAACGGCUCGACCGACGUCGCGUACCAAGUGCUCCACGGCGAGCUCGAGCUCAUUGUGUUUGACCAAUACCCGCCGUCGGCGUGCCUCCGCCUUCUCGACUUUCUCGAUCGAAUGGGGUAUCAGCCCCAUCGGCGCGCCGAGAUGCUCGACAAGUACCUCGACAACCUCCAACAGUUGGGGUACACGUCGCACAAGGUGCGCCUGCAGCCCGGCGAGUACCUCCACAUCAACCGCGGCCGACUGCACAUGUGGCGCAGCGUUCACGACCCGGACACGGCCCAGCGCGGCAUCUCGAUGUUUCUGAGCUGGGAGUGGGUGUACCAAGGCGUCACGGGCGGCGGCAUGGCCGACGCCAUCGCGUACUCGCUGCAACGCCUCCAGCGACCCAGCGCCGAGACGCGCCCCGGGUCGUACGUGUGGGACCCGCGGCCGUGCGUCAUCGAAGCGGUUCGGCGGCUCGUCGCUGCCGUGCGGUCGGGCCGCCGGUCGCCCGCGACCAUGCUGCGCCUCGCCUCGCUGCGCACUGCCUUUUACGCGAUCCUCCAAGAGGAGCAGCGCGUCCAGAGCGACGGCGACGACUCGUGGUUUGUCCACGAACGCCAUAGCGACAGCCACGUCACGCACACUGUCGACCUUGGCGCCCGCCCGGAACACCUCCUCUGCACCCUCUGCCGGUUGGAACUCGGCAACAGCUACAAGCAGUGCCUCGGGUGCAUGAUUUUGGCCAAGAAGCCCGCGACCGGGAUCCCGCUGCCGCCGUUCAAGCUCUGCUGGAGCUGCUUUGUAUCGGACGCCGACCACCACGUGACGUUUGAGCACCAGAACGGCCUCCGGUCCGGCUUUGGCCACACGGGCGCGCUCCUGCAUUCGAAGCAGUACCGAGCGAAUCCGCACGCCGUCGACUGCAGCUGCAAACACGGCGUCACGAAGCUCUGUCCUGUCUGCGACGGCUGCGACGCGUGCGCGUGCAUUUGCCACACGAUGUUUCAGACGCGGUACCGCGCGUUGCGACCAGACGAGCUUCUGCAGCUGUACGGCGCCGUCUCGACCAUCCUCCAAGCCAACAGCAGCACGCUCCCGACGAGCACCGGUGCGCGACUCCACUAAUGAAUCGCCAUAUCUUUUGUG